AUGUGGUUCUGGAGGGCGUGGGACCAUCUUUUCCGCGAAAUGGGCGAGGAGAAGCGCGAGGAUGCCAAGCGUCUCUUAAAAAUGCAAAACCAGUACUGCUGCCACGCAGUCUACCAGGACGUGCAAAAGCCAUCUCAAAAUGAGUGGGCUCAAACCCAGGACACUAUGGAAGCCGCCAUGCUCAGGGAGAAGGGACUCAACCAGGCCCUUUCAGAUCUGCGUAGCCCGGGUUCAGCCCACCAGACCUUCACCUCUGACUUCCUGGAAAGCCGGGUCCUCGAAGAGCAGGUGAAACUCAUCAAGAAGAUGGGCGACCACGUGACUAACCUCUGCAAGCUGACUGGUCCCCAGGCUGGGCUGGGCGAGUAUCUCUUGGAAAGGCUCACCCUUAGGAAUGAGGCAGACCAGCAAGGAUUUGUUCUUAGAACCAAGAAUGGGCUCUCUCAUGUCAAGGAGGCGGGCCAUCAUAGGAUACCUGCAGUGGAGGGUGGUAGGCGAAGGUCUGGUCCCGUGAACACAGUACCUGCAGUUGAUGAUGACAGACAGGCAGCAGAUGGUGUCUGGGAGGGCUGCUAG